AUGAUCUUCUUCGUCCGCCAGCUGCAAGAGAAUAGCCAGGAAGUUCGGAUUGACCCCAACAUGAUUUCCUUUGACUUAACGAAAGCCUUCGGCACGGUGAAUCGCGAUGUACUACGGGAAAUUAUGCAGACAUUCGGCAAGCCAAAGCGAUUCACGCACAUGGUACCUCAGCUCCACGAAGGGAUGAUGGCGCGCGUCAUAGACAACGCAACAGUCUUUGAGGCGUUUGAGGUAACCAACGGGGUGAAUCAGGACUGCGUACUCGUCCCAAACCUCUUCAGCCUCAUGUGCUCUGUUAUUUUGGUGGACGCCCACCGUGAUGAACGCCCCGGGAUUCGCAUUGCCCAAGGGACUGGCGAUCAUCUUCUAACAGCCGGUGCGUGCAGGCCCCAAUGCACCCCUCUGCGACUACUAUCUAAGACCUGCUCUUCGCUGACAACUUCGCGCCCAAAAUCGUGACAGACGCCGACAUGCAACGGAGCAUGGAUCCCUUCAUGUCCGGUUGCGCCAGCUUCGAGCUGCCCAUCAGCAUGACAAAACGGUGGUCAUACACCAGUCUCCACCCAAAACUGCAUACAAUGUUCCUCACAUCUAUUUGAACGGCACCAGCUGAAGACCGUGGACAACCUCGCCCACCUAGGCAGUACACUCUCAAGCUGCGUCGAACUCGACGCCUAACUGGCCCACCGGAUCUCUAAAGCCAUCCAAGCUUUCGGCCGCCUGCAGAACUCCGUAUGGAAUCGCCACGGUCUCCACCUGAACACCAGAAUGAAGAUAUACUAAACGGCCGUAUUGACAACUUUACUAUAUGGCGCAGAGAUUUAGACAGUCUGCGAAAAACGACCGCGGAAAUUUAAUCACUUCCACCUCAGUUGUCUCCACCAGAUACUCAAGCUGAGGUGGCAGGGCGGGAUCCCGGACACGGAAGUUCUAGAAAAAACUGGAAUCCUCAGCAUCCAUGUCAUGCUGAGGCAACUGCAAUUAUUAUGAAGCGCACGCUUUAUGAGGGUUGACGACGUUCGCCUGCCAAAACUAUUGUUCAUACAGAGGUGUCACCAAGGGUGCUCGCCGACAAGGAGGUCGUAUGCGCCGUUACAAGGACACCUAAAAGAAUUCCCUAGAGCGGCUACAGAUAAACCCGAAGAUUUGGAAAGACCUCACACUGGACCGACCGGCCUGGAGAAGGACAGUGAAGAGUGGAGCAGCCGUUUAUGAAGUCAGCUGGAUCGCCGCUACGAAGCCAAAGGCGGAGCUCGUAAGUCUCAGGCACCCCUGACCAGCAACGCCAACCCCUCCCAACAUGCCCGUGCUGCAAACGGAUAUUCGCGUGCCAAUCUGCCUUAUUAAACAUCUUCGGACUCAAAACACAAACCUGACAACCGCAACAGCUGCCUUUUCAAUGACCCUUGCUCAAACUCUCACGGCGUCCACUAUGACGACGUCCUCAGCAAUACUCGACAAUGCUUAGCCCCGCCGCCACCUCCACCGU